AUGGCAUCUAAUGCAGCCGCGACGAACGGUCAUGAUAGUGCGAAGAAGAAGCUGAUUCUCAAUGCAUUUGUAGAGAUGUGUUCUGGACACCAGUCGCCUGGUCUCUGGCAACAUGGUACUCCCGAUGACACCUCUACAGAGUUCAAUUCCGUAUCACACUGGGUCAACCUCGCGAAGCUCCUUGAAGAUGCCAAGUUCCACGGCAUCUUCAUCGCCGAUGUACUUGGUGGGUAUGAUGUGUACAAAGGGCCCAGAAACCUCGAGCCAGCAAUCAAAAGCGGGGCGCAAUGGCCCGUCAAUGAGCCUUUGGCUGUCGUACCAGCCAUGGCGGCAGCAACGAAGAAUUUGGGCUUUGGCGUAACAGUCGCAACGACCUAUGAACAGCCAUACCAUCUAGCCAGACGACUCAGCACCAUAGACCACCUUACCGGUGGUCGUCUCGGGUGGAACAUCGUCACUGGGUAUCUAGACUCUGCCGCUAGGAAUCUGGUAAACUCGGAGCAGCCCGAACACGAUGAACGAUACGCGAUUGCCGAAGAGUACAUCAAAGUCAUGUACAAGCUCUUUGAAUCCUCGUGGCGCGAUGACGCGGUCAUUCUCGACCGCAAGCGCGGUAUCUACACAGACCCCUCUCUUGUCCGAGAAAUCAACCACAAGGGGAAGUACUACACCGUUCCAGGUCCGCACAUCUGCCAGCCAUCGCCCCAGCGAACGCCGCUGCUGCUGCAGGCGGGGACGUCGAAAGCUGGUAAGACUUUUGCGGCCCAGCAUGCUGAGGCGAUUUUCGUCGCUGGCCACUCGCCCUCUGUGGUGGCGAAGAAUGUGGCUGAAGUACGCGAGUUGGCGCGCAGCUUUGGCAGGAAAGGCGAGGACAUCAAGUUUCUGGCCUUGAUUUGUCCCGUCCUUGGACGCACGGAAGAAGAGGCGAAGGCGAAGUUCGAGGACUAUGCGCAGUAUGGAGAUCUUGAUGGCGCCUUGGCGCUGUUUGGCGGCUGGACGGGCAUCGAUUUAGCUGUCUACCAAGACGAUGAAGAGCUGAGACACGUGGAGUCCAACGCUAUCCGAUCUGCUGUAGAGGCAUGGUCCAAGGCUUCCCCUGGUAUUCCCAAAUGGACCAAGAAAACCGUGGCGAAGCAUAUCACCGUCGGCGGGCUCGGCGCAACGGUCGUCGGUACAGCUGCACAGGUUGCCGAUGAGUUUGAACGCUGGGUUAAUGAAGCUGAUGUUGAUGGUUUCAACAUUGCGUAUGCCAUCAAGCCUGGAACUUUUGUCGAUGUUGCCGAGUUGCUCAUCCCGGAGUUGAGGAAUAGAGGGUUGUUCUGGGACGACUACAAGGUACAGGGUGGCACAUAUCGCGAGAACUUCUAUGGCAGGCCUGGGGAGAGUGGUCCGCUCAAAGAGCAUGUAGCGAGUGGAUACCGCUGGCGGAAGGACGUCAGCGCCCAUGAUGCGGUUAUCCCGGUGUGA